CGUCAGCACGCGCCCACCUAGUUGGGCUGGCAACCAGCCUCCAGUUUCCAACUCUUUCUUCAAUAGGGAAGCCGCAAUGACACAGCCGACUAGGCCCUUGGUCACCAGUGACCUGGGAUCCUCCACGAUCUACGGGACCGCCGCCCAGGCGACCACCAGUUCCGGCGCCACCUCGGGUUCGAACUAUCAGCGCGAUAGACUCGGCCGCCGCCCAGAAAUCGGCGUAGGGGGUCAGCCGCAGAUCUGCUUCCCGCGGCCGAGGUCCGCGCAGCAGCCGGUGCUGUUCAGCUUAAUGAAUUCCAGUGAAGCAGCAAUGAAAAAAACUUUACCCAAGAGCCAUUUAUCUCGGGUGAUUAUUCAUGAUAACCGCAUCGCACAACGCAUGUAUGAGAUGGAGGUGAGCGCUUUAGAGAAGACCAAGAAAAAGAUCAGCCACUACUAUGAACACCUGAAAAAAAAGUUCAUGACAGAGCAGCUCAGAAAACUGGGGCGAUGGAGAGAGGAAUCCGUGAACAUCGACCAGUACUUAACCUUCGGGGUACCACGACCAGUUUAAACUCCAGUCUCCCAAGAAAGGCCAACCACCCUAGUUCUGGCAAAGGGAUCUGCCCCAGGGUCACGAUGACACCAGUGUGACCCAAGAAGAACUAGUAACUACAACCUACACAACUGUAGAACAAUAAACAGAAACCAGCAGACAGCGGAGCAUAACAAA